AUGCCUCACAACGGCCAGGACUGGCGAUCAAUCGCCGGCACGAAGAGGAACUCACUGCUAGCUUCAAUUUCGCUGGCUUGGCGCUUCAGAGAAGACGAAGUUCCCCCUCCGAUGCGACUGAAGGACGUGACGGCCUUCAUUACUCGAUUCCUCACGCCUCUUGAACAGCAGAUCACAGACGCCACAGUGCCUUCCAUACUCGAAAACAUCCAGUCAUUCAAUUGGUCCGCGGUGGAGGUAGCACGAGCGUUUUGUCAUCGAGCUGCCCUGGCGCAUCAGUUGACCCGCUGCCUGUCGGAGGUUUUCUUUGAAGAAGCCAUCCAACGAGCCGAAGAGCUAGACACAAUCCUGCGCACGACGGGAAGGACGGUGGGUCCACUGCAUGGCCUUCCGGUCAGUUUGAAGGAUCGUUUCCACGUUAAAGACAUUGACAGCGCAUGUGGCUACGUGAGUUGGAUCGGUAAUUGCAAGAGCAAGGAAGACGAAGGAAUUCUCGUCCAACGGCUGCGGCAAGCCGGAGCCGUUCUUUUCGUCAAGAGCAACGUCCCCAUGUCGAUGCUCAUCGGCGAGACCACGAACAAUAUCAUUGGAUCUACCAUCAAUCCUUACAACAGGAGCUUGUCGGCCGGUGGUGCAUGCGGGGGAGAAGCUGCGCUACUAGCCCUAAAGGGCUCGCCUAUCGGGUGGGGCACAGACAUAGCCGGAUCUAUACGCAUUCCGUGUGCCUUCACCAAUCUCUACGGCAUUCGUCCUUCCUUUGGUCGGCUUUCUGCAACCGGCCUCGCCGAUAACUUGCCGGGACUUCCCACGGCAGCCAGCGUGAUCGGCCCUAUGACACCUGACCUAGACUCGCUAUCGCUAUUAAUGCGAUGGGCGAUUGGACUCAAUGCCUGGCAAGAUGAUCAUCUUGUUGUUGAUAUACCAUGGAAAGAGGAUGUAUUUACAAGCACUCGGAACCGAAUAAGCCAGCCCGGCCGAAGCAACGGCAGCCUAGUCUUUGCUGUUAUGGGAUGCGACAAUGAAGUCUUUCCGCACCCGCCCGUUCAGCGGGCCAUGGCGAUGGUGACUGCAGCUCUCACUCAACGCGGCUAUGAGGUGAUUGACUGGAAGCCACCGCCGCACUGUCCCGCUGCAGAUGUCCUUUUCCAAAUAUUGGGGUCAACUGCGGGCCACAGCGUCCGUUUAGCUGUUCAAGCGAGCGGCGAACCACCUGUACCUCAAUUAACGGACCUGUUCAGUAACGACAGCAGCCCACUCCCAACAUCAGAAUUCUGGAAACUGUGUGCGUGGCGAGAGCGAUACCAAGCCCAAUAUCACGAAUAUUGGAAAUCGACUCGCCAGCUAACUACAUGCAAGAGGUUAGUCGACGGCGUCAUCUUACCUGUUGCACCCCAUGCCGCGCCACCAGAAGGCUCGUUCAAAUACUAUGCAUACUCUGCGAUUCCAAACGUCCUCGACUAUAGCGCUGGGACGGUGCCAGUGACGUUUGCGGACCGAUUCGUUGACCACGAAGUAUAUCAAUAUGUGCCCAUGAACGAUAGAGAUCGCGCGAACUGGCGACUGUACGACAAAGACCUAUUCGAUGGUUCACCCGUUGGUGUGCAGAUCAUGGGUCAAAGAUUUCAAGAAGAAAAGGUGCUUGCGAUGAUGGCAGCAGUUCGAGAUGCGCUCCAGCAGUACCUGCCAGCGUGA